CCUGUCGGCAUCUUGAUCCGACUCAUCCCCGAUACACUCGUGCUCAAACUCAUUCCCGCUUCGCUGAAGCGACGGUCGUCACGUGCUCCUGGUCUCACGGUUUCGGAUGAGGAACGGUUCAACUACUACCCCGAUGCUCUUACCGAUGUCCGAGACGAACUAGCCUUCAUCAAGAGACUCAAGGGAGGACGUAUCAACAGUCUCAAAUUUGCGGUUAAGCAUCCUAAGGAAGCCUUUAUGCAGAUCCGCAGCCCUUCCCAUUCGAGAUCGAACUCGAUGAGAGAAGCCGCACCUCGGACUCCUGUUAGAGAGGACAGCACAGGGGAGUCACCUGCGCCGACUCCGGAUUCACGCGCGCGUUCCAGAUCUAUGAGAUCGGGCAGGAGUCGGUCAAACUCUGCACUUGGAGCCACGACUGUGAUGGCCGGCAUCAUCGCCAGUAGUGUGGGUGCCGGUUGGUCUCCGGUCACAGAGCGCAGCAAUGCAGAGUUCCCGCCGCGCUCUGGUCCAUCUCCUUCUCCUCUCGCAUUUACCGAGGAGCCCGAGCCGAUCGAGGAGGGUUCAAAAGCGGACGUCCCGACACUUAAAGUGCCCGAGCCUCCCUCUAAAUCAUAG